CUGAUUACUGCUUCCUUAAAUAAUAUUUGACUGGCACUAUUGAACUACUCACUGCUAACUUCAAGUGAUCUGGCUUGGUUCAUAUUUGAACUCUUCACUCUAGGAAAACUAUGGGGAAAAUGGUUACAGAGAUUAUUGCUUUGCUGUUUAGCAUAUCAGGCUGGGUUCUGAUCUCUUCCACGCUGCCCACUGACUACUGGAAAGUGUCCUCUGUAGAUGGAACGGUCAUCACUACAGCAACCUUUUGGUCUAAUCUCUGGAAGACAUGUGUGACAGAUUCGACUGGAAUCUCCAACUGCAAGGAUUUUCCUUCUAUGCUGGCAUUAGAUGCUUAUAUCCAGGUGUGUCGUGGGCUGAUGAUCUCCGCAGUGUGCCUGGGUUUUUUUGGGGCAAUUCUGGCCUUAGUUGGAAUGAAAUGCACCAAGAUCGGUGGCUCUGAGUCUACCAAGGCCAGGAUUACCUGCCUUUCAGGACUUCAUUUUAUCCUCAGUGGCAUCUGUUCAAUGACAACAUGUUCAUUAUAUGCUCACAGAAUUACCUCAGAGUUUUUUGACCCUUUAUUUGUGGCACAAAAGUUCGAGCUGGGAGCUGCACUUUUUAUUGGAUGGGCAGGAUCUGUUCUUUGCUUUCUUGGGGGUAGUAUCUUCUGCUUCUCAAUGUCUGAGGGGUUCAGCAUAAGAGAAUACACCUACACUGGUGUUACCUCUUUUACAAUGCCGCAAGGCAAAAACACCAACAGUGAUGAAAGUUCUGAAAAAGAUGUAGCAGAUCAAGUCUACCCUGUGAGGCAGUUCGGGAGGAACGCCUAUGUGUAA